AUGGGGAGCUUACCAAGCUCGCGUAGUAAGAAAACUAAGGUACAAGAACAGUUAAUGACGUUAAAGAUGUUAUUUAACCGUUUAAGGCGGAUUUAUGAAAAAUGCAAUGAAAAUUGUCAACUUCAAGGCAUGGAAUAUACACACAUUGAAAGUUUAAUACCAUUGAAAGAAGAAUGGGAUAUGAAAUCAGAGGAAAAAAGGACGUCUGAAGCUUAUAGAUUAGCGUAUAAAGAAAGUGAAGAAAUAAUGGAGGAAGUAAUAUCCAAAAAUAAGCACCUAAAAGAAAUCAUUGACAAAUUAAGACGUAUCAUUUUCGAAAUAAAUAUUAUGUUAAACAUGCGCCGAUCUUAGAUUACGAAAAUAACUGAAAUAUUUAAGUAUAUUAAUAAUAUUUAGGUACAUAUUU